UGUGCCCAAGCGCAACCGCCGAAUCUUCUCAUAGUACCGGCCAUAUAUUUUUAGAGCGGAGCGAUCGGCCGCGCUCGCCCAUCGGGAGUUUAUCACAAAUACCUACGCUAAGAUGCACAAUUAGUGUUGUUUUUGUGUGUUGUUGGAGUGUGUGUGACAGUGACAUGCAGGUUUUAUGACGAAGGCCCCGAGGAUGGACCGCUUCAGACGGCAGCGAUACAAAUAUGGGCGGAGACGGGGCUCAGCCGAUUCAAACUACUCGCAGCCAUCGUCGGAGCUGUCGCUGGACGAGGACAAAGAGGCGCUGCGCCGCGAGAAGGAAGCGCAGGCACUCUCACAGCUCGACAAGGCACGGUCGAAGCCAGUCGCGUUCGCCGUGCGCACGAACGUGUCGUACGAUGGCUCGCUGGACGACGAUUCGCCCGUGCACGGCAGCGCCAUAUCCUUCGAUGUGCGCGACUUCCUACACAUCAAGGAGAAGUACGACAACAACUGGUGGAUCGGGCGUCUCGUGAAGGAGGGCUGCGACAUCGGCUUCAUCCCGUCGCCGGUGAAGUUGGAGACGGUGCGCGCGGGUCUCGCGUCGCGCGGACGGUACCCGCGGCCGGCGUCGUCGGCUAACCUCGCGCCGCUCGCGCCCCUCGGCGGCACGUCGCUGGCCCCGCUUCCCAGCAGAGGUAGCACCCCCCCCACGCCCGGUGAAGACUCAGAUACAGGCACUCGCGGUCGCGGCGCAGGCGCCCUCCCCGCCGGCAAAGAGAAACGGAAACCGUUCUUCAAGAAGCAGGAGACAUGCACUCCGUACGACGUCGUGCCGUCGAUGCGGCCCGUCGUCCUCGUCGGACCUUCGCUCAAGGGCUACGAAGUAACAGACAUGAUGCAAAAGGCACUUUUUGAUUUCCUUAAAAGAAGAUUUGAAGGCAGGAUCAUCAUCACCAGGGUUUCGGCAGAUAUCUCGCUGGCAAAGCGAUCGUUGCUCAAUAACCCACCGACAAAACGGCUCACGGACAGGUCAAACUCGAGAACGAAUUGUUUACAAGAGGUGCAGGCGGAGAUUGAGCGCAUCUUCGACCUGGCGCGCACGCUGCAGCUGGUGGUGCUGGACUGCGACACCAUCAACCACCCCUCUCAACUCGCCAAGACCUCGCUCGCACCCACCAUCGUCUACCUCAAGAUAUCAAGCCCGAAGGUAUUACAACGACUGAUAAAGUCCCGCGGCAAGGGGCAGAGUAAGAACCUGUCGGUGCAGAUGGUUGCGGCGGAAAAGCUGUCCCAGUGCCCGCCCGACAUGUUCGACGUCAUCCUCGACGAGAACCAGCUCGAGGAUGCCUGCGAACACAUCGCAGAGUAUCUAGAGGCAUACUGGCGCGCCACGCACCCGCCGGCCGCCAUGUCGCGCGCGCCGCACGCGCAUCCCGCGCACGCGCCGCACGCACCGCACGCGCACGCGCACGCGCAAGCCAUGCCUGUACAAGCAUCAGGACAAGCGCACUAACCGCCGAGCCGAAGAUCAUAUAUUCCAGAUGUAUCCAUUUCUAGCAGAUACUCCGCCGAUGACCCAGGUGGCAGAAGCCGAGCGGCGCGGCCCGAACGGCUCGAGGAGGAAUAUUACCCGCGCGAGCGGUAUCAGCGGUACGGGCGCGACCAGUACCCGCGCGACCAGUACCCCGACGCCGCGGGCUACCCGCCCGAAGCGUACGCACCCGCCGAGCCCUACGAGCGCGAGGCGUACGGCCACGACUACACGCGGGACGCGUACGCCCGUGAGGACUACGCGCGGGACUACGGGCGGGAGUACGCCCGCGAGGCGCCUUAUAGGGAGGAGCGGCGAGGACGCGACCGAGACGGACCUGAUGACUACGGGCCGUCAAGACGCGCGCUCAACGCCGUAUAGCCACCGCAGUCGCGCUCCGUGCGCGCCGGGCGAAGCGAAUCGCGAGACACGCUCGCGCAAAUUCCCUUGGAUUACUUUCUUCCGCCGCGACCGCGCUGAGGAAGGGAGGAUGGCCGAUGAGUGUUCGUUUUGUGAGCGGCGGCGGCGCGCGGCGCGGCGUUUUCAGUAUCGCGUUCGUAGGCGCUUCCUUACGCGCCUCUGUUCGCUUUAAUCUGCUUCGGGACCGAUCAGUGCGUCGGCGGACGGCCGAUAUUUAGUCGUAUUCGUCACAGAAGCGUCGCUUCGCUUCGCCUCGCCAGGCCUGUGCCGUGGCUCGCUUCGCAGCAGUAGUGGCACGCUUCGCUCGCGCCGCGCGCCGCCGCCGACCGUCGUGUUUUGGACGGAACUCGCGUCGAUUGUAUAAAUUUUACAUAAACUUUAAUUUUAGUAAGUACCGUUAGAUAUUAUCCGUUUCCCAUUUUUUGAACAUACUCUGUAAUUAUAUUGCAUCGUCUGUACUUCAUUGUUGCAAUCAUUUGUAAAUAAAAUACUUUAUAUCGAUGAUGUAGUUCUAUUAUUUUUCUCGUUAGUAAUUCCAAUUUCUGUUUUCAAAAGGAACAUUGGGAAAAAAAUAAAAAUAUAACAGUUUUAUAUGAAAUAUAUCGCAGUUUAUUGAAAUAAAUUCGAUGACGGUAUUGUUUUAACAUUUCCAAGCGAAUAGACUUCCCGCUAUGCAUUUUGCAUUCCAUAAAAUAAAUUAUAACAUUACAAUACAUAACAGAUAAAUAGUUCUAAUGUCUCAAAUACUCCUCUGCCUCUUUGGUGUCUACUAGCUAAAUUAUAAUUAUAUACAAUUUUAAUCAAAUUACAUAGUUUUUAGUUGCAAUCAGGUAACAAUCAUAAUCUGAAACAAUAUUCUCAUAUCAGACGAAACUGUAUUUUUAGACUAGAAACAUUUAAUGUAGAAUCAUUUCAUUAUAUAAAUUCUAUGUGACAAAGUUUGCAAAAAAGUAGACUUUUGAAUUACAUUUCCACAUCAAGAGUCAAAUAUUAAAAGUUAAUUUUCCCCGUUACGCACUAACUCAGUGUUAGAUAAGCCGUUAUAUUGCAACAUCUCUUUGGUUUCGCACUUCAAUCAAAUAAGAGAUUACCACACGCACCUAGCCCCGUUUCAGUUCACACCGUCUCUAUUUACACUUUAUACAAGUUCACGCUCUAUUUACACCUCACUUGAGUCUCUUUUUCACUGUCCAGUGGCACUUGUUCCAUUUGAAACCUUUGAGGGUACCCCAGGGCCAUCCUCUUUUGGUGAGAUUGACGGCUAGUCAGAUGUAGAGGUAGUCGUUUUUUGUUUCCUUACAGUAACUAAUGCUGGGGAAUUUGUAGACUGGGGUAUACCGUCUCCUAUCUCCUUCGGCUUCUAGGGAUAGGGCGGAUAGCGCUCGGGAGGUUUCUUCGUCCUCUUCCUCGUCUCUCAUUGGUUCCUGGGUAGGCGCGGGGGUGGGGGCAGGGAGAGUACGCGGCGGGAGGGGGGGAGCGCGCGGGUUCCGCCGCACUCUGAAGUGGCAGUCGUUGCCUGGCGGCCACGCACGCUGGACUAACAGCGGUAAGUCGUCAGGGUGUAGCUUGCGCUCGUAUUCUUGCGAAGGGCAUAC